AUGGCCACUCAGACCAACCGUACUAGUGUGGUUAACGGCGAGUCGCCCUCGUCUGCCACCCUCCGUCAUCUCCUCACAUAUCCUGCCGUCCAGGAUGGCGUCCGGAAGAUCAACUCGAUUCCCCUCAUGGAGAAGUCGGUCCAAUUGAGCAACUCGGCUUACCACACGCUGGCCGGCCCAUUCAUGCCAUUGCUGUCCAAGCCGUACGCCUACGUGUCGCCAUACGUCGAGCGCGCCGACAAGAUUGGCGACCAGACCCUCUCCAAGGUGGAGGAGAAGUUUCCGGCGGUCAAGAAGCCUUCGAACGAGCUGUCGGCUGAGCUCAUGGACGGAGCCAAGAAGGCUGCCUACCUGCCCGUGCAGAUGAGCAGAUCGGGUGUUGAGUUUGUCUUCCAGACGUACAACGAAGAGUACAACAAGGUUGGCGGCGCUUCUGCAGUUGCCCACAGCAAGGCGGCCGUCUUGACAGCCGUCAGGACUGCCCUGACCAUGCUUGAGCUUAGCAGGCAGGCACUCAUGAGCGCCCGCGAGUUCCUGGAGCAACAAUCACAGGACAUGUCGGAGGACAUGAAGGAUAAAGCGCAGGGCAUGAAGGAGACGGCGCAGGGAAUCAAGGACCAAUCGAAGGACACUGCGCAGGGAAUGAAGAGAGAAGCUAAGAAGAUCCCGGCGGCUGCUGAGGCUAAGGGCAUCAAGGCUUAG